CAAACCUCUGCAGGGUCCGCAGCCCCAGCCGCUCGCCGGUGGACCGUCCCGCGGCCUAGGACGCUAGCCCCGAGCGGGGCGCGCCGGGAGGCGGCGGAGAGGCCCGUUCGAGAGCGGGGAGGAGCGCGGGGGUGGGCGCUGCGGCCGCGGGUUGUUUAUCUGGAGUACGGAGGGGAGGGGGGAGCCUGGAAACCGCCCCGUGUCCCAUUUCCUCCUCUUGUUUUCGCUCCGGAUUCUCCAUGUUGGACCCAAACUGAGGAGCCCGGAGCUGCCACCGAGGGAUCGGGGCUGGGGCCACUGGGGGAGCCGCUGCCUCGGCCGCCCGCCCUCUGUGCAGGCCGCCUCCCUUCCCGGCGCGGGGAGGAAACGCGAGGGGGGAUGUGAACAGCCGCGGGAGCCGGAGUCUCGGGAGCCGGAGCCCGACGGGCCCCCGCCCAGGCCCCCCAGCUCAGCCGCGCGCCCGCGCGUCCUCCCGCCCAGCCAGCCCGGGCCCGCGGGAUUGUUAGAUGGAACACGGCUCCAUCAUCACCCAGGCGCGGAGGGAAGACGCCCUGGUGCUCACCAAGCAAGGCCUAGUCUCCAAGUCCUCGCCUAAGAAGCCUCGUGGCCGGAACAUCUUGAAGGCACUUUUCUGCUGUUUUCACACCCAGCAUGUUGGCCAGUCAAGCUCUUCCACUGAGCUCACAUACAAGGAGGAGACCAGCGUCAUUGCUAAGUCGGACCUCCUCCAGUGUCUCCAGUACCAGUUUUAUCAGAUCCCUGGGACCUGCCUGCUCCCAGAGGCGACAGAGCAAGACCAAGGAAGGAUCUGUGUGGUCAUUGACCUGGAUGAGACCCUUGUGCACAGUUCCUUUAAGCCAAUCAACAAUGCUGACUUCAUAGUGCCUGUGGAGAUCGAGGGGACCACGCACCAGGUCUAUGUGCUCAAGAGGCCUUAUGUUGACGAGUUCCUGAGGCGAAUGGGGGAGCUUUUUGAAUGUGUUCUCUUCACUGCCAGCUUGGCCAAGUAUGCAGACCCUGUGACAGACCUUCUGGACCGGUGUGGGGUGUUCCGGGCCCGCCUGUUCCGGGAGUCUUGUGUGUUCCACCAGGGCUGCUACGUCAAGGACCUGAGCCGCCUGGGAAGGGACCUGAGGAAAACCCUUAUCCUGGACAACUCACCCGCGUCUUACAUCUUCCACCCAGAAAAUGCAGUGCCUGUGCAGUCCUGGUUUGAUGACAUGGCAGACACAGAGUUGCUGAACCUGAUUCCAAUCUUUGAGGAGCUGAGUGGAGCAGAUGACGUCUACACCAGCCUUGGGCAGCUGCGGGCCCCUUAGCCUUCCUGCUUCCAAGAAACAGCCAUCCCAAUAGGGGACUUUGCUACACUGUGCCUUUCUGAUCAGCCUGACUGACCCAGCCGCGCAGACGCUGGAGCACCUUGCCAAAGGGUCGAGAAGCAGCCAGGAAGUGGUUGAUGAGAGCUUUAGGGCAGGUUAGGUACAGAGCAGGCAAAUCAGACCGAUGUCCAGAGCUGUCUGCACCCUGUGUUUGGUUCCCAGGUAUCUGUGUGCAUGUGUGUGCACUUGCGUGUGCCCAUCCAGGGUGUCCAGGGUUUCAGUAGGGGGUCACUUGCCCCCCUUCUGCUCUCCUGUGAGCUACUGAGCGUCACAGCAAUGAAAACUAUUGCAGGCUCCCUUGCCAAACCCUGGCCUUUCCUCAGCAUCACAAGGCCUGUGCCAAGGAGAAAGGAGAGGCCAGAGGCAGCUUCUGGAUGCCGCAGGCACUCGCCUUUCUGAAAGCAAAAGCCUCGCCAGCAGCUGCAGACAUGUCUGGGAGGGCGGGAGUGUGUUCACAGCACUCGGAACCACCAGGUCUUGUGGCCUACGGCUGCUCCUGGCUCACACAGCACGCCUGCCAUGGGCACUUCCGUGUCUGCCAUGGGCACUUCCGUGCCUGCCAUGGGCCCUUCUGUGUCUGCCAUGGGCACUUCCGUGUCUGCCAGGCGCCACCAGCAGGCAGCCUUCUCACUCCGAGCCAUAGUCUUUCUCCCAUGGGGAAGGAGGUCUUCUCCCUGCCCUGGAAGAGGACAGAUAGCUGACUCCUGUUCUUUUAACUUUUAAAAUUCUCUUCCUAAAUGUGGGGUGGUGUGUAUCUGGCUGAACUGCAGUCCUAGGCCUGAGAUGUGUGUGGGUGGUGCUGGGUACAGGGGAAACACAAGGAUCCAAAGCAGAAUGUGUCUCCUUGCUUAGAGAUCCCAGAAUUUGCUCUUCCGGGAUUCUGUGCUAGCUGCUGCACGGACUUUGGCUGCAGAGGCCGGGGAGGGCUGCUAGGCUGUUGUGGCCUCCCGUUGCUCAGCCAGGGCUCUUCCCACGUGUCUCCUUAGUGUGCCGUCCUGGCUGUUUGUCUUCCCCCAAGGCCUUGGGAGAACUACUUUUCCAGGACUGAGGGGUUUGUAGGUCUUGUUGUUACUUAGUUUGCCAAAUGGGCAAAUGCCUCCUGUUCCUGGUGGUAGGGCUGGGUGUGGUUCUCACAGGCUCUGCAUCUCUAAGUUCUCAAUCUUGAAUGCUUUCAAAUAAGUCAACACAGUUUCCCCAGGUUGGACAGCAAGGGAAGUGCUGCUCCUGUUGGGCACACACGGACCCUGAGAAGCCCCCAGCUCAGUAUCACUGCCUUAGCUGAGUCCUCUCACAGGGCUGGGUAGGUUCUCCUCCCUCCUCCCUCACUGAGGUGGUGGAGUUCCAGCUCUGCUUUCCCCGAGGUAGGUGUAGCAUUUAUGAAUUGUUUGGUGUGGUCACAACCCACUCAGGAGUCAUAGAAUGUUUUCUAGUUUCCAUAUACUGGGUCCUAUCUCAGGAACUAACCAGUUUCGAGAAAGCCUGGUGAUGGAGCUCAGUGUUCUGAGUGGAAGCUGGCUGACUGUCGUCCUUCUGGUAUUGUGCAGUCUUCUUCCUUAGGCCAAGGCUGUGGGGCCUUGUCUUCCACUUUGGUGACAGAGCGGAACAGAGUCCUCAAGUCCUACCAUUUCCCUCAGCAUCAUUUGCUGGUGCCUAUGGGUCCUGCCAGGGUCUUGGGAGAGGGCUCCAGGUGCUAGCCAGGAGUGCGGGAGCUUGGCUGUGGCUCCAGCUCCUGGUCUCACUGCUACCCUCUCACAAGGCAACUCUGAGGGCUAGUCCUUGCCAAGCAAUAAGCUUGAGAGUUAGGUGGAUUUUAGGUCCCUUUCGCCUCUUUUGGGUCUUCAUGCUUUACCUUGUGGAGGAAGAGCCUGUGCUCAUCCCUUGCCAUUAGGCAGAUGCAAGGACUGGAGUUUGACCCAUGACCAAAACCCAGUGUGGCUCCCUGGGAGCUGCUGCUGCUUCUAUGUGAACCCCAGCUCUCUAGGCCUGUCUGCCACCAGAAUACUUGUUGCCACCUGCACUCUGCCUCAGAGAGGCCAUCCCAAGUCCCCUCUUUCCAAACUUAACAGGACCUGUCCUAGUGGACCAGAGCCAGCCACAGGCUGUUCCUUGCUGUCCUGUCCCCUUGCUCCUUGUGUGUCUUGGGGCAUGUGGUGCUUGAGAGGUGCUGCGAGAGGACACAGGCCCACACUGGGAGAAGGGCAUAACUGGGAGAGAGAGAGCCCGCUCAUUCUGAAGCUCGUUCUGGCUCCUGGCUUGCCACCAGCCUUCUGCGGGGCAGACUAGUCAGGAAUCAGUUCACCACCGGGCUGGGUGUCAGCACCCUCACAAGCCAUGCCAGGACUCUGCCUGCCUGCCAGGUUCAGCUCUUAAGGUGCCUCUUCAGGGACACAGUGUGUCUCUCUGAUUGGGCUUCUAAAUCAAAAGCCUGAUGUUCGUGUCCCUCUUAUAGGGGGAGCUUUGGACACAGGACCAGUUUGAUAAAGGGCCAGGUAAGUGUUCCACUCUGCACAUUGUAGGGGGACACUGCAGGCCCUCCGGUCCCCAGUUAGAGGUGGAGUGAAUUUGCCUUCAUUUAACCAGGGACAUGUUUCACUCCCUCCUGCCUCCCAAAGAUUUUUUUGUGUAAAUGUCUAGCCCUCUGUUAACAGUGCUCAGAACAGCUUUGUACUAAAGCAUGGCAGCCUCCAGGCAGCCGUUCCCAGGAAGGGGGCCUGUGCAGGUCCGUGCCCUGCCCUGUUCAGAGGCCUGCUACAGUGCAGCCUGCUGUGCUGUCUGCAUCCCGCUAUUUCAGCCUGGCUUCCUACUUAGCCAUGGCUCCUCCUCAGUUCCUUCGCCACCACUUCCAGACAGGGUUUCAUGAAUCCCAGGCAGGGGCGUGAACUCACUGUGUAGCCAAGGAUGAUCUUGAGCUUCUGAUGGCCUGCCUCCACCUCCUGAGUGCUGGGGUUACCGGUGUGACCGCUGUUGGUUUAUGAGGUGCUGGGGCAACCCAGGGCUUCUUCAUGAUGGACAAGCACGUCCAGCCGAGUCACAAUCCCUAGUUCCCCUCUUUCUCUUCUUAGAAAACAUCAUUAGUAAAUUCAUAUUCAGGGGAGAAGAGGUCCCAAGUCUAGCCAGCUGCCCCACUCCUUUAAUGCAGGGUCAGCUCCUGGAACAGCCCUUUCCUUAGGCUGGUGAUGUUCUUUGCCUGUAACUGCCCAAGAUUUGCCUAUUUCUCCCUUCAAGAGGCCAUUUGGAGGGAAGGAGUCUGCUCCCACUGUGACUGGGCUGUGGGAUCCCUGACCACCUGGCUUCACAAUUUGAUACAUUUGUCGUAUUCAAAAACUUGAACUGUAGGAUGCUGUUAAGAGUCUGUUUAUAUUUUUGGAAUAUUUGUAUUACAAAUAGCUAAUAAAGGCUGUUUUUGAAACCUAA